AUGGUUACAUCGUCGACACCAUAUGAGGAAGAUACGGACUAUUUACGAAAUACUAUAGAAGAAGAUGGAUUGUUAUUACUCGAAUGUACUCUAAAUAUGUUUGAUAUAAAUAUGAAUAAUGAUGUGUUUUGUAAAAUUAUUGAGAAUAUACAUAUAUCAUUAGAUAAUUUAAAAAAAUUAAAUAAAUAUUAUGAAUUUCUUUUUAGAUACAUUGGAUUAGAUGAUAUAUAUCGAGACACAAGUUAUAUAUUUUUUAAAUUGUUAAUGAAAAUUAUAGAAAAGGUAAAUGAAAUUGAUAUUAUAUAUUUUUGUAUAAAACAUGAUUUCCAUAAAUCUAUAUUUGAUGUAUUGUCAUCGAAUUAUUAUAUAGAUUUAUUUUUAUUUGAAAUGAAAAAUAAUAUAUAUGAAUCAUUAUUUGAAUUAUUGAAUAUACUUAUGGAGAAUAUUGAUAUAAUUAAAAAUGAAGAUAUAUCUUUUGAUUCACAAACAUUAUAUAAUAAAUUUGUAACAUGUGAAUUAAAAUAUAUUAAUAAAGAUCAAUUGAAUCAAAUCACUUUAUAUAUAUUUCAAAAUAAAAAUAAUUAUCUGAAUAUCUUAAAAACAUUACACAUUUUUUGUUUAAAUAUAACAGAAAAUAUUUAUAAAAAUAUUUCCUCUCAUAAUAAUAAUGAAUACUAUUCGGGAUAUGAUACUAAUCAAUUUAUUUUUAUUAAAAAAUUCAUAUGGGACAAAAUUAAAACGUGUGAACAAAAAAAAAAUCAAAUUUUCCGACAUAACGAAAAAUACAUGAACAUUUUUGAUGAUCAAUGUAACCAUAUAAAUGAUAAUUUAUCACAAAAUUUUGAAAAUAUAAAUGCAAACUAUUCAUUUCAAUAUGGUAAUAAAAAAGAAUAUAUUCAAUAUGAUGAUCUUUCUGAUAAUUCAACCAUAACAUGUUCGGAUAAAAAACAAGUUAGUGAAACCACCUUAACAAGUCAGGUAAAAAAUGUGGAGAAUUUUUUGUAUUUAUAUAAUUUUGAAGAAAUUAUAGUUUUAAUGAAAAGAAAAAAAAGUACUAACAUUGAAGAAAACAUGAUACAGAAAGGAAAUGGUAAUAAGGAUGGUAAUAUGAAAGAUAAAAAGAAUGAUGAUAUGAAUGACAAAAAGAAUGAUGAUAUGAAUGACAAAAAGAAUGAUGAUAUGAAUGAUAAUAUGAAAGAUCAUAUAAAUAAUAAUAUAAAUAAUAAUAUGUAUAAUAAUAUAAAUAAUAAUAUAUAUAAUAAUAUAAAUAAUAAUAUGUAUAAUAAUAUAAAUAAUAAUAUGUAUAAUAAUAUAAAUAAUAAUAUAUAUAAUAAUAUAUAUAAUAAUAUAUAUAGUAAUGACAAUGGUAAAAUUCCAAAAAAAAGUAUUGCAAAAAAUUCACAAGAAAUAUGUGCCUAUAAAAUUAAAUUUUUUUACAUUAAUAUACAUUUAUUAAAAACUCUUGUGUGCAUUUUCUUGAAAGCACAGAAAGUUUCACAAUAUAUGGAUGAAAAUGUUUGUAAAAAAUUAAUUAAUUUUUUUAAUGAUACAUUAAAUGAUAUAAUGGAAUAUUUUUAUAAAGAAAAAAAGAAUCAAAAUAAAAAAAAAGAUGAAAUUGAUGAUGUAUAUAUUUUUUUCUUUUUAUUUGUAGACAUAUUUUAUAAUGAUAUAUUAAAAACGUAUAAUAAAUUAAUAUUAUAUUAUAACAAAAAUGUUGAAAAAACUCCAAAAGAAACCAUGUUGUUUUAUAAAACGUUUAAUAAAAUUAUCGAUCAUAUAUGUAUAUAUAUAUAUAAUAAUAAAAUGUUUAAAGAAAUAUGCAGUGAACACCUUAGUAGAAUUAACGAAGAAUAUUCUGAAAAAAAAAAAAUAAAUAAACCAUUUAUGUUAUAUACAGAACAAAAAGGACAGCCAUUUUUUAAUUAUUUUGAAAAUGUAACAUAUUAUAUGUUAUUUUAUUUAUUCUAUAUCAUAUUAGAAGAAACGAAUAAAAUGAAUAAUGAAAUAUUCCUUUUUUUUGUAUGUCAACAUAUAAAAAACGAACAUGUAGAAGAUAAAGAUGAAGAUGAAGAUAAAGAUGAAGAUAAAGAUGAAGAUAAAGAUAAAGAUAAAGAUGAAGAUGAAGAUAAAGAAGGAGAGAGGGAAUUAUAUGACAAUUUAUCAAAAACUCAAAGUCAUGAAAAUAAUAUUGCAUAUUCAAAAAAUUACACAAAUAAUUUUAUAUUAGAAAAACUCGAGAUGGAUCAUAUAUUUUUAUAUUCUUAUAUUGAAGAAAUGAAAAAUAAAAGUAUAAAUCGAAUUAUAACUAUAUAUAUAUUUCUUCAAAAGAAGAUAAACAAAUUUUUUUCAUUUUUUAAAUAUAUUUUUUCUUACAUAUAUAAUGAUGUAGUUAAAAAGAAACAUAAAAAGGAAAACACGUAUACGAAACCAUUUUUAAAUACCUUUUUAAUUAUUUUGAAAAAUAUAAAAUAUAUAAUAAUGGAUAUGUUUAUAAAAUAUAUCGAUAUGUUAUUAAUAUAUAAAUAUUAUUUCAAAAAAAUAAAUAAUAAGGAUAAAAAUAAUGUUCCAUAUUAUGAUGAAUUCAUAUUGUAUAUGAAAUCUGUACAAAAUAUUUUGUUUACCAUCCUCCCCUUUUCAUCUAACGACAUAAUAACAAAAUUGAGCGCAUAUUAUACAAACAAAUGCAAAUUAUUCAAAUAUAAUAUGAGAAGAAACCAUUUUGUAUCCUUCAAUAUAUCAUUGUAUGGUUUAGCAAACAAAAAAAGUGGUUCUGACAAAUAUUAUUUGAACAGCGUUUGUGCUAAUAAUUAUGAAGACAUAUAUUUUGAUGUAAAGAAUGAUCUACAAAAUAAUGGUGAUAAUAGAAACAAUCAAACUAUGAAUAAUAUAGACAAAACAUGCAAUGGAGAUAAUAUAUUCAAAAUGAAUAAUUUGAACAAUAUAAAUAAAGUGGACAAUUUUAAUAUCGAUUCUGAUGAUAUUUUCCAUCCGACGAAGGAUGAUAUGAACAUACCAAAUAUAUUUUGUUUUCAGCAGAAAAUAGAAGAUAGAAAUAUAAAAUUAGGAACAUGUGAAGAUUUUCUUAAUGAAGAAUAUAACAAAAGUUUGAGUAAUAGUAUAUCAUGUGAUAAGAAUGAUGAUGAAAAAAAUAAAAUGUGUACCGAGAAACAUAUAAUUUUUCUGAAUGUGAUGAGUAUUAUUUUAUUAAAUAUUAUGGAAGAAUGUGUUAAUAACAGAUAUAAAUAUGUUUGUUUUACAAAUAGUUAUGUACAUAUAGAAAUGAUAAAAAUAUUAAAUAUUGUUCAUAUUAGUAGUUACAAUUAUAAUCAUAUGAAUAUAUAUAGGAAUGAAAAUACUGAUCGUUUAUAUGAUUCAGAUAAUAUUAUAAAUGUAGAUGAAAAGAAUAAUGUUCUGGAUGUAUUUUUUUCUUUCCCUUAUGAAAUAUUAUGUCGUAUAAUAAUUAUACAAUUAAAAUUUUUUUCAAACAAAAUAUUAAAUAAUUAUAAUAUAUUUACUGUAUUAGUUGAAUAUAUUUUUUAUAUUAGUUCAGAGUUGAAUCCUUUUUUUUUUUAUAUAUCCAGAUAUAUGUGGGACAUGUUAUCUUUUUAUAUGAAUAAAGAAAAUGAUAUGUAUAGUAUAUCAUGUUUAAUAAAUAUUAUAUUCUAUUUAAUUUCGAAGAAGGGUGUCAGAACACAUCGUUAUAAUAAUAAUAAUAAUAAUAAUAAUAAUAAUAAUAAUAAUAAUAAUAAUAAUGAGAAUGGGAAAAUGAUUUGUAGUACGGAUAACGUUGGUGAUUUUAGUUCAUUUAAGAAAGAAGGAGAUGAUAAAUAUGUUGACUAUAGAAUAAAAAGUAAUAAUAAACAAUUUUUAUUAUAUUCCUUUUUAAGAAAACAAUUUUUUUUGAAUAAAAGAGGAAAAAAUUAUAUAUACUUUCUAGGUUUGUUUUUAAAAAAUAUAACAUCUUGUGAUUUAAUACAAACGGUAAUGAAGAUUUUUAUUUAUAAAUAUCAUAUGAAUCUGCAGUAUACGUUAAAUAUAUUAUUAUUAUAUUUAAAUGCCUUUGAGAAAAAGGUAGAGAAGCAUGAAAAUAAAAGAAUGAAGAAAGAUAAAAUUGGAAAAGAACACGAUGUAGAUGAAGAAAAGAAUAUUAAAAGCAAUGUACAAAUAAAACAAUUUGAUAAUUAUGAUAUGAUGGGAAAUCAAGCAUUUUAUGAAUCUGAAUUAAAUACAAAUUAUGAUGAUGAUGAUGAUGAUAAUGAUGGUGAUAAUAUGAAAAAUGUAAAUACAAACAUGUUAAUACAAAAAGGAAUUAAUCCAAAAAAUGAUAUAAAUUAUAAAGAUGAUAUUGAUGAAAAUAAAAUAAUAUCACUAUAUAUAUAUUUUGAUAUAAUAAAUAUAUUUCCUUCUAAUUUUUUUGAUAUUAUUAAUGAAAUAAAUUUAAUAAAGGAUAUACAGAAUAUCUUUAAUUUAUUAAUAUAUUUACAUGAGGAAUAUAUAUUACUUGAGAAAAGAAAUAUGAAAUAUAAAUAUUCUAAAAUUUUUGAAAAGAUAAAAAAACAGAAUAUAAACGAUUAUCCAUUGUAUUAUUAUAAUAGUGCUAAAAUGUAUUUUCCUUUAAUUAUAUCUUCUUUAAUAUCUCAUUCUUUUUUUUUUAUUAUGAAUCAGUAUUCCUAUUUUAUAUUACCUAAAUUUCAUAUAAUAAAUUUUUAUGAAACAUUUUUUAGUAAUAAAUAUUUAUAUACAUUAUGUGAUAAUUAUGUGUAUGUUAAAAUAUUGAACGAAUCAUUUAUAAUAUGCAUGAUUAUAUUAAAGAUAAAAAAUGAUCAACAUGAGGAAAUGCAUGGUAAUUAUAAUAAUAUGAAAGGGGAUAAAGAAAAUUUGACUAAUGAGGAUAAAAUAUAUGAGUAUAGAAAUAUAUCAAAUGAUGAUAAAACAUUAAUAAGUUAUAAUAAUAAUAAUAAUAAUAAUAAUAAUAAUAAUAGUAACAAUUUUGAUAAAACUUCAGAGUGUGUUACACCUAAAUGUGAAGAGAAGGAACAUAGAAAUGUUUUAUAUAAUGAUAUGAAUAGAAUAGAUAUUAAUAUAAUAUCAUGUCUUUUUAAAGUUUAUAUAAUAUUUCUUAAAGAUUAUAGUUCUUUUUUUCUCUCUUCUAUAAUGAUAUUAUUAAAAAAUAAUAUAAUUUUAUUAAAAGAUAUAUAUUUUAUGGAUAUAUAUAAAACAAUAUAUACCUAUAUACAAAAGGAUGAAAAAAAAUAUACUAACUUGUUUAAAUAUUUAAUUUCUUCAAUUUUUCAAUAUUUUUUUUUUCUUAACAACAACGAUAAUAAUAUAUUAAUAGAUAAAUAUGAAGAUCCCAAAAAUAUUAUUUUAAGACAUAUGAAAGAAAAUAUGACAAUAAUAUAUAAAAGGAAUUUAUUCCUAAAUAUUUUUCUUCGAAAUAUAUUAUCUUCUUCAUAUUUAUUAUCAUCUCCAUUUUAUUUUAAAAACCAAAUUCCCAACUUUUUACAAAUUAUUCCAAACAAACAAAAAUGUUCUGAUCAUUUUAAAAGCUUAUCAAAAUAUUUUCUUGUAAAUCUUCAGUAA